AUGAACUCCGAGAAACAGAGCUCGUACUGUGGUAUAUUUUAUCAGACCAACUUGUAUGCCCGCAGUGCUCUUGUUCAGGGCUCAUUGUUACUGUGUUCACAGCCUAAAGAAUGCAAUGGCAUCAAAAUUCCAGUUGAUACCAGCAAGCCAAAUCCCAACGAGGUGGAGUUUGAUAACCUGUAUUUGGAUAUGAAUGGUAUUAUUCAUCCAUGCACCCAUCCGGAGGACAAACCAGCGCCCAAAAAUGAAGAUGAAAUGAUGGUUGCCAUUUUUGAGUACAUUGACAGACUUUUCAACAUCGUCAGGCCAAGACGACUUCUCUACAUGGCAAUAGAUGGAGUAGCACCCCGGGCAAAAAUGAAUCAGCAGAGGUCCAGACGAUUCAGAGCAUCAAAGGAAGGAAUGGAAGGUGCAGAAGAGAAGCAAAGGAUAAGAGAAGAAAUUCUGGCAAAAGGUGGCUUUCUUCCUCCGGAAGAAGUGAAAGAGAGAUUUGACAGCAAUUGCAUUACACCAGGAACCGAGUUUAUGGACAAUCUUGCUAAAUGCCUUCGCUAUUACAUUGCUGAUCGUUUAAACAAUGACCCAGGGUGGAAAAAUUUGACAGUUAUUUUAUCUGAUGCAAGUGCUCCUGGUGAAGGGGAACACAAAAUCAUGGAUUACAUUAGACGACAGAGAGCGCAACCAAACCAUGACCCAAACACUCAUCAUUGUUUAUGUGGGGCUGAUGCUGAUCUGAUCAUGCUUGGACUAGCUACCCAUGAACCAAACUUCACUAUAAUUAGAGAAGAGUUUAAACCGAAUAAACCCAAACCUUGUGGUCUCUGUAAUCAGUUUGGACAUGAGGUGAAGGAUUGUCAAGGUAUACCAAGAGAGAAACAAGGAGAGCAUGAUCAGUUUGCAGAUUGUCCUCCUGGCUCGGAACAAGAGUUUAUCUUUAUCCGAUUAAAUGUACUGCGAGAGUAUUUGGAAAAAGAACUAACUAUGGCCAGCCUGCCUUUUACUUUUGAUAUUGAGAGAAGCAUAGAUGACUGGGUCUUCAUGUGUUUCUUUGUGGGGAAUGACUUUCUUCCUCAUUUGCCAUCUUUGGAGAUCAGGGAGGGUGCAAUUGAUCGUCUAGUUGGCAUAUAUAAAAACGUGGUGCACAAAACCGGGGGCUACCUCACAGAGAGUGGCUACGUCAACCUACAGCGAGUACAGAUGAUCAUGUUGGCUGUUGGGGAAGUUGAAGAUAGCAUUUUUAAAAAGAGGAAGGAUGAUGAGGAGAACUUCAAAAGGCGACAAAAAGAAAAAAGGAAAAGAAUGAAGAGGGAUCAGCCGUCUUUUAUUCCUGGUGGCCAGUUUUCGCCUCAAGCUUUGGGGAGAGGAAAUAGAUCUAGUCCUCAGGCGAUCAGUAACCCGAGGCAGGCCGCCUAUGAAAUGAGAAUGCAGGACAAACAGAAUACGACUCCUUCAGCGUCUCCUAAUACUAGUUUCACAUCUGAUGGCACCCCAUCCCCAGCAGGAGGAAUUAAGCGAAAAGCGGAAGACAGUGACAGUGAACCUGAGCCAGAGGAUAAUAUCAGGUUAUGGGAAUCUGGUUGGAAACAGCGGUACUAUAAGAACAAAUUUGAUGUUGAUGUGACUGAUGAGAAAUUCCGCCAUAAAGUUGUACGAUCUUAUGUUGAAGGCCUUUGCUGGGUUCUCAGAUACUAUUAUCAGGGUUGUGCUUCCUGGAAGUGGUUCUAUCCUUUCCAUUAUGCUCCAUUUGCCUCUGACUUUGAAGGUAUUGCAGACCUGCCCUCAGACUUUGAGAAGGAUACAAAGCCGUUCCGACCACUUGAACAACUCAUGGGAGUAUUUCCAGCGGCUAGCGGUAACUUUCUGCCACUGACGUGGCGGAAGCUCAUGACUGAUCCAGAAUCCAGUAUAAUUGACUUCUACCCUGAAGAUUUUGCUAUUGAUCUGAAUGGGAAGAAAUUUGCUUGGCAAGGUGUUGCUCUGUUGCCAUUCGUUGAUGAGCGCCGGCUGAGAGCUGCUCUGGAAGAGGUUUACCCUGACCUCACUCCUGAUGAAAACAGAAGAAAUAGUCUUGGUGGUGAUAUUCUGUUUGUCGGGAAACAUCAUUCGCUUUGUGACUUUGUUUUAGAACUGUACAAAUCCAAUACCACAGAGCCAAUGGACAUCCCCCCUGAAUUGUGCCAUGGAAUCCAAGGAAAACUUACACUGACUGAAAACGCAGUUCUCCCAGAUGAGACAGUACAGUCUCCUGUUCCAUUGUUGCGUGAUCUGACACAGAAUUCGGCCAUCUGUAUCAAUUUCAAAGAUCCACAAUUUCAAGACGACUUUGUUUUCAAAGCUGUAAUGUUACCUGGAGCAAAAAAACCUGCAACAGUUCUGAAACCAGGUGACUGGGAAAAAACCAACAAUAAUGGGAGGCCUUGGAGGCCCCAGCUUGGUUUUAAUCGAGACAGAAGGCCAGUUCAUUUGGACCAGUCAGCAUUCAGAACUUUAGGUCUACUUAGGAAGAAGCACUCGGGGUCAGUGUGGACCACAACACCGCAAGGGGCUUAUCAGGGAAAUCCGUACAGACCGCUGUUAGGUGGGCAGCCACAGAUUCCUAAAUUGUUGUCAAAUCUACGGCCCCAAGAAUCGUGGCGAGGGCCCACACCUCUGCUGCAGCAGCCGCCCCAAAGAUACGACAGAAAUUCUGGGGCUGCCCCCCUUCUGUCUUGGAACCGCAUGCUGCAAUCCCAGGGUGCGGCAUUCCAGCAAAAUCGGUACCAAGGCCUAGGUGGACCAAUGAAUUACCCACACAGACCUGAUGAUCGAAUGGAUAGGGGAAGACAGGGAUAUGCUGGGAGGCCCUACCCUUUACCUCCUCCGGCAGGAAGAUACAACUGGAAUUAGUCUUCUGACAUCGUCCAUCAUCAAACCCUGUUUUUACAAUAGCUGAAGAAAUGAGGCAUCUUUAAGAAACUUGCUCGUAGUUUUUAACUACAAUAUGUGUUUUAACUGUGUAUAUUUCUUACUGAUAACGGAUGGGGGAAGGGUUUUUAUGUUGCUUUGAAACAGUGUGCUGGAGAAGACAUACAAAGCACUUACAAUGUGCUUGAGAGAGACAUUUUGUGAAGUAGGAGUACUGCUCUGCCUUUAUUACUAGUUAAGCAUCAAUUGCGUAUGCCUGUCAUUUGCAAAUCAAAACACCCUUUAGCUCACAACUUAAGAGCCCAAAAAUAGAUACUGAUUUUUAAAGAAUGUCUAGAAAUAGGGUUUUAUUGGCUGUUCAGAUAGGCACAGCAGGCAGUCUAAGAAACACAAUGUUUAAAGACACGCUUUUGUCUGUAUUCUUUUUAAGAACACUUCAUUGAUGUAUUUGUCUCGAGUUUGAUUUCUGGACUUCUAAGUAAAAAUGUUUCAACUUUUACAA